AUGCAAUCGAUACAAUAAUUUGGCGAUCUAUUUUGUAAGGUGGCUGCUCGAGAGAGUUCCUCGGAUGCAAACAAGGCUUUCUUAGCGUUUGGUGAGGCACAUCGCUGUAUUAACGAGCAGAUGCUCAAACUAAUGCGAAGUUUACAUCCAAUCAUACGCGACUUGAAUACUUUUGCUGAAAAGGCGAUAGCUGAAACGAAUUUAACAAUGAAGAAAUAUUUGGAUGUGAAAUUUGAAUACUUAUCGUUCUGUUUGAAACUGAAAGAGAUAGAUGAUGAAGAGGUGCAAUUCGCAUCAUUGGAUGAACCUCUAUAUCGACUUGACACGGGCAAUUAUGAAUACAGGUAG